UAUCUUCAGUUUGUGAUAUGAAUUUAGAAUGUGAAAAAGUACUUAUUUUUAUAUGUACUAAAACUAAAGAAGAAAAGGUCAAUAUUAAUGAUCAAAAAAUUAUAGAAGUACUUAUAUUAUUUGUUACUAAAGAACUCUCAAAAGCUACAAGA